GGCUCGCAUUCUCAAGCGAAACCAAAUCAGAAUGAAACAACUUUAUAAGGUGCCGUUUGAGAGAAACUCUCAAAGAAACAAAGAGGUCAGACGAGCAUAUGUGGAUGGAGUACUGGAAAUGGAUGCUCAUGCAAUCCCACAUGAGUUCAUCUUUAUAGAUGAGGCUGGGUUCAACCUAGCAAAGACCAGAAGAAGGGGGAGAAACGUCAUUGGCCACAGAGCCAUUAUAGAUGUUCCUGGCCAACGUGGUGGGAACAUCACAAUGUGCGCUGCCAUCUCCAAUACGCAUAGUGUCCUCCACCGUCAUGCCAACCUUGGACCAUACAACACAGCCCAUAUUCUCACAUUUCUGGACAGACUCCACAACAUUCUCAUACCACCAGAGCGUAUGAAUGAUGCAGACCAUCAAAGAACCUGGUACGUUGUAGCAUGGGACAACGUGAGCUUUCAUCGUGCAGCCCCAGUCCAAAACUGGUUUGCUGACCACCCACCAUUUCUCGUGCAAUACCUCCCACCAUACUCACCAUUUCUGAACCCCAUAGAAGAGUUAUUUUCGGCAUGGCGGUGGAAGGUAUACGACCGGCAGCCCUUUGUGCGCAUGCCUCUUGUGCAGGCUAUGGAAGAGGCAUGUGAUGAGAUUGAUGUGGGUGCGAUUCAGGGAUGGAUAAGGCACUCAAGGCGCUUCUUCCCUCGAUGUCUGUACCACAACACAGAGGAGGAGAUCAGCCUGGUGCGUCAGCAUAGGGAUGAGAUCCGGGAGCUGCAGUGUGCAAUGACAAAUGUUGAGGAGGACAACCAGGCUCUCAGGAUGGAAGUGCGCAGACCUAGAGAGAACUGUCCAGCACAGUCAACACCAGCCACACGCAGAACCUGCAGAAGGAGCUACCUGAGCUAA